GUCCGCCAGCUGGCCGGCAGCACGGGCCUCUCCCCCCUGACUCCCUCAAUCAGCCCCCCUUCCCGCACCUCCUCCGGCGGCACCGGCCCCGACAGCCUUUCCUACCCAUCCAGCGCCAGCCCCGACGGCCCCUACCGCAUUCCCCCCGAUCGGCGCCGGGUGCCCACGCUCAGAAAACAGAUCUCCGAUGGCUCUGAUGCCAUCCCCAGGCCCCCUGCUGGCCCCCGGGAGGCCCGCAGGCACCGGAGCCACACGCCACCAACAAGGGCCCGGGGCCCCGGAUCGGAGGAGGGGGAGGGCGGCGAGCUGGAAGGGGCGCUCAACCAGGUGUCGUCGAAGGACUGGAGGGAGAGGAUGGCGGGGCUGAAGGCCAUCGCGGGCGCCGCGGGCGCCCUGGCGUGUGCGGGGGACGGCCUGGCCCUGCCCCUUAUGGACCAGAUCACCCACAGGCUGAGCGACGGCAACUCCAAAGUCAUCAUCGUGGCUCUGGAGACCCUCAAGGCCCUCUUUUGCCGUGCUGGGGAGCGACUGUUGUUCGGACUGAACACCCUCAUCCCCGCGCUGGCCUCGAAUCUUGGGUCCACGAACGAGAAGAUCCGCUCGUCUGCUGAGGAGGUGAUCGACCAGCUUAUGGAAGCCGUUGACCACGUUCUGCUCAUUCAG